AUGUACACUAAUCAUUAGGGCACUGAUGAUCAGUGUGGCCCCAGAAGUGCCAUCUGUCAGUGUCCAUCAGUGCCAGCAGUCAGUGCUCAUCAGUGCCACGUGCCAGUGCCCAUCAGUGCCACAUAUCAGUGCAUACCAUCUGAGCUGCCAUUCAAUUUCACCCAUCAGUGCCAGUCAGUGCCACCUAUCAAUGCCAAUCAGUGCCACCUAUCAGUGUCAUGUAUCAGUGCUGCCAAUCAGUGAUGCCUGUCAGUGCCCAUCAGUGCAACCUACCAGUGUCUCCUCAUCAGUGCCACCUAUCAGUGUCCAUCAGUGCAGCCUAUCAGUGCCCAUCACUGCAGCCUCAUUAGCGCACAUCAGUGAAGGAGAAAAAUCACUUAUUUACAAAAUUGUAUAA